AUGGGAUAUCAUGCCCGGGCUACACAACGCAGCGGUAGAAACCGCUUGGGGCCCAGACGCGAGUUUCGCAACGGCGCCGUGUCGCGCCAGCUGGCGGAGAAGUUGGGUGCGGUCACGGACGGGCGGUUUUCCUGUUGCCGCUUGAUUUGCUCCGCUUUUCCAUUUUCCAGUUCCAUUUGCGCCGCUUUUUUAUUUUCCCACUUCCAUUUAAGCUCAGGGGCAACACCAAGCAUUCGGGGGAGGGGGCUGGCGCCGCGGAUGGCGGCUUUGUUCUUUUAUUUAUUUUUUUUUCUUCUGGAGAUUAUUUUCCCGCGGACUACUGUGGUCUUGCCUCAGUCCGCCUUGUUCAUCAAGGCUCCAGUUCCAUGCCUGCCACCUGCGCCUGGUGCAGCACCCAGACGCAUGAGGCGCACAAUGGCGGGAACGGCGGCGCUUAUAUGCAGGACACACAUCGUUCUUUGCAGAUUCUACAUGAGUGCGUGCGUUGAUUAA